GAUGGUUUUACACCUCUAUCGCACACUGCUCCAAUUGCCACCCAUUGCCGCCCAAUUGCCGCCCAAUUUUUUUUCCGAACGGUCGACCUCGCGGACAGGCGUGAAUUUUCCGGUGAACACAAGCAGAAAACAGAAGACACAAGUGCGUCUCUGCGCGCGUCGCUUACCUGCAGCGCAGUCUCAACAGCCGUGGAAACAAACAGCAAAAAGUUGAUAAACGCAGAAGCCGUGUGAUUUAGGUGUCAAAAAGUUAGUUACAAAGGAAACCAGUUGUGGGAGACAUUAGAGAUUUGUGACUAGUGUCAGAGCUACGAAAAUUUCAGUUUCGAUUAAUCAGAUUUGAGCCUUAAGCCACAACACGAAUAUUUUUUGUAAUUUUUUUUGUUUCAUAUCCCCUGUCAUCGGCGUUGCCGUCGUUGCUACGAGCACCUACCGCCUAGAUCGUAAUGCAAAAUUGAGGGGAAGUUGAGUGGAAGAAACGUGAAAGAGAGCUGUGCAAAAUUUCAGAGUUUUCCAGCGGUCCUGUGGCCCCAUAGUUCGGUGUAAAUAAAAGUGCUUAUACAUACACACAGCCCCGCAAAUCGGUUGCUGGAUCGUCGAAAGAAAGAGAAGAGAGGCAGUAGGAGAAGAAGAAGCAGAGCGAGGAUUGAAGAUGAAUAAAACCUGUGCCCGUUGCCAGAAGGUGGUGUACCCCAUCGAGGAGCUCAAGUGUCUGGAUAAGACAUGGCACAAAACGUGUUUCAGAUGCACAGAAUGCGGCAUGACGCUCAAUAUGAAAACCUACAAGGGCUACAACAAGAUGCCCUACUGCGAGGCGCAUAUACCCAAGGCCAAGGCAACGGCAAUCGCUGAUACGCCCGAACUGAAGCGCAUUGCGGAGAAUACGAAGAUCCAAUCGAAUGUGAAAUACCAUGCGGACUUUGAGAAGGCCAAAGGCAAAUUUACACAGGUGGCCGAUGACCCGGAAACGCUGAGAAUCAAACAGAACACGAAGCACAUAUCGAAUGUGGCAUAUCACGGGGAUCUGGAGAAGAAGGCUGCGAUGGAACGGCAACGCGGCUCGGCUGAGGUCUCCGAUAGCAGCAAUGAAUCGGAAUAUUUCUCUGAGCAAUUGGCAGCUGAACAAUUCUCGCAAUAUGCACCCACAGCCACAUCACCCAUACCGCCAGCAGUAGCAGCAACAGUGCAACACCACCAGCAACAGUUGCAACAGCAGCAGCAACAUCACUACCAGCAACAACAGCAGCUGCAACACCAACAACAACAACAGCAGCAGCAGCAGCUGCAACACCAACAGCAGCAACAACAACACUUUCUACAACAGCAGCAGCAACAGACACUGCCACCGCCACCCAUACAACAUCAGCAAUACAAUACAGCGGCCAUAACGCCCACAUACCAACAGUUACAACAACAACAGCAACACCAACAACACCAACAACAACUGCAACAACACCAACAACAACAGGGCAACAAUCAGAGGCAGCAACAACAGGCACAGGCACAAGCACAGGGCCACGGACAGGCGCAACAACAACAACAACACGAUCCCUAUGCACACUACCAGCAACCACAGGCACUGCGCCAACAGCAACACCAGCAACAGUUGCAACAGCAACAGCAAGCCAUUAAACAGUCGUCACAUCUGUAUCCCACAGCACAAUCGCAGCAGCAGCAGCCCCAACAGCAACAGCCACAGCAGGUGAAUCCCUACAAUGAGAUGCGCUCGGCCAUACUCCAGAAUUCGCAUCAUCCCAGUGGCAAUGCUGCGGAUCAGGCGGCACAAAUGCAUCCUCAGGUGCAGCAGCAGCACCAGCAGCAGCACCAGCAGCAGCACCAGCCGCAGCAGCAGCAGCAGCACAAUCCCACUCCAGUGGCAGCAGUGGCUGCUGUGGUGCCACAUCAUAGCCACCUGAAUAAUAAUCCCAGCAAUGGCAGUGUCACCACCUAUCAUAGUUUCAAUAGCAACAACAACGGAUCCCAGCAGAUGCUGCCACCGCAGAUGCGUCGACCGGGGGCCAACACUAGUGUCUACGAUGGCAGCGCCAAUACCAAUACCAACAACGACAUAGGCCAACAGCAGCUGCCACAGCAACAGCAGCAGAUGAGGAGCAAGCACAGCGGACCGGCAACUGGAUCGGCAGGGGGAGCGGGAUCAGCCAUACAGCAGCUGUAUGCCUCGCCCAAUUAUCAAUCGGUGACGCCCUCGGAGAACGCCCUAAAUGUGGUCAAUGGACAUGUGUCCAAUCAUCAGCAAAAGAUGAUCCCUGGAGGCAGCGGCAACAUUGGAAAGAUCGCCGACUAUGAUCCCCUGACCGAUGGCCCACGGGUGGUGCAGGGAUCCGGGCGAUCCAGUACCACUCUGGUCUACAGCUCCGAUACGCAGCAGCAGCAACAGCAGCAGCAGCAGCAGCGAGGCGGCAACAGUGUGUAUCCGAAGAGGAUUGGCUCUGUGACGGACAUUGAUCCUGCAAACGGGAUCUAUGGUUCCCUGAGUGGCGCCGAGCAGGCCCAUGCCCAGAAGCAUCAGCAGUACUACGCUCAGGUGCAGAAGAUGCAGCAACAGGAGCAGCAGUUGCAGCUGCAGCAGCAACAAAUACAGCAGCAGCAGAUGCGCCAGCAGCCCUCGUACGAUAACUCGGUGCAGGCGAAUCAAUCGCGCCAGAGCGCGGCUUCAAAUUCUCGUCUGUAUAAGGCCAUCUAUGACUAUGAGGCGCAGGACGUCGAUGAGGUGAGCUUCCGCGAGGGCGACAUCAUCUACGAGGUGGAGUCCAUCGACUCCGGUUGGAUGACGGGUCGCGUGGAGCGGACGGGAAAGACCGGCAUGCUGCCUGCCAACUAUGUGGAGCAUGCGGUUAUAUAAUAGGGAAUGUUCUACUACUGCUGCUGCCGC